AAAAAAAAAAAAAAAAAGUUUUGUCAAUAGAACAGAAAUGUUUUGGCUAAAAUUAUUUUUGUAAGUUAUUUAAUUAUUUCAUUUUAUAUUCCCUUUCCCAUAGCCUUUUAGGCACUUCAUACUUAAACCCAACAAGUGAGAGGCCUCUCUUUAGAUCUGGUUUAUUUUUGGAAUGCCUGAGUGUGUUUCUGGAUUGGGAGGGGUGGGCAGGGGGUAGUGUUUUAAUUCUUGACAUGCUCUUCUCAGCAUGUUUUGCUAGUUCUGAAUCUUAUGUUUGCAAAUUGUGUUGAAAAUUUAGUGAUGUAUCUGAAAUGAGAAAGUCCUCUGACAUAGUGUGGAUGUUUGUGGCUGGAACCUUUUAGCUUUGUUUUUAAUUUGGGUAGAAAGUUAAAUUUCCAUUGUUCAGAUUUUAGGCUUACCUAGUGGAAUUGUGCCCAGUAGUUGUCUGAAUAUGGACCAAUUUUGGGAAAUGAAAGUUGAGAGACAUGCAUCUGAUUCCAGAUAAUCCUUUACUCAAAAUCAUAAAUUAAAGGCUUACAUCAUUAGAGUUGUCUUAAGUUUUAUGUUGUCAGAACUUUAAAUGUAGAUGAUGAUCAAUAUUAUACCUAUGAAUUUCCUUUGGGGAAAGAGAAAAAUCCAGUCUCCAAACCUCUCCUUUGAGACUAAAUUCACCAUAUAUGAAAACUGAAAAAAUUUUUAGAACAUGGCUUUACUUUUUAAUAGAGUUUAAUCAGCUUAAUUAUUUUUCCUAGUUUGAAGCACUAUUUUCCAAGUGUGAAUAAAGGGAAAAGAUUAGCAAUUUGGCUUACCCCUUUUUUGAGGCCAUUUUUAGUUUUCUGCCCCCAUUUCCCAAUCCUGGUAUAAAAUGAAUUACGGGUAUCCCUCUAAGUACCUGUAACCCCUUUUUGGGGUCAUAGAUAACCUUUGAUAAUCUGAUGAAAGUGAUGGACCCUCCCCCCCCCCCCAAAAAAAUGCACAUAGAUAAUUUUACAAACAACCUCAGGGGCAUCGCACAUCUUCUGAAACCCAAGUUAAGGAUCUCUGCUCUAAGUAAACUCUAUAGAGAAAAUUUGUAUGCAAUUAAUUGAUAAAAUUAGGAACUAACUAUUGGCCUAAGACAUUUCAGAUUGGAAUUAUUGUUACAUGGUGGCCCCUACUAGCAAAAUGUGACAUUGCAACCAGCUUUGUUAGACUAUAACAUCCAGACAGAAGGAAAAAAGCAAAGUUCUGAGAGCUAUUUAUAAGGAGUCAGGGCAUCUCUAGACAUGGGAGCCAUUCCUGGUUCAAGGCAGGGGUCAGGGUGCCUGACAGCUUUUAGCAGGGUAGAGUUUGAUAAACCACAAUGCUCAGGAUGCCAAGGGGUUAGCCAUUAUCUUAACCUCUUCCUCACCAAAAGAUUUCAGUUUUGUCUGUUGGGAAACAAGAUGUCACUAGAAGGAAAAAAAAAAAAAAGAUUUGCCUUACAACUUCGCUAGAAAACAUCAGUUCAGUGAUAUAUGGGACACCAGUAUUAUUUUUGAGAAGGUGCAUAAAACCAAAGUAAAUUAUUCUCUAUGUAGAACAUUAUUUACUGGUAACAUUUCUCUGGAUAUAGUAGCUUUGACAAUUUUUACCAGUAAAUACUGGUUUUAUUUAAAACUGGAAAUCCAGUUUAUAAAUAGGAUAGCUGGUAUAUCUGUCCUUUCCCCCAUGUAAAGAAUAGUUUAAAGAUUUAUGCAUAUUUCUUGCUUUCUCUCUUGAUGCCAUGGAGUGGGGUGGGUGGAGUGGGGGGAGAUCUUUGAGUCAACAACUGACAAGAUGUCUUCUCCAAAUUUAAAAAUUGAGAAGCAGCACUUUAAGUCUAACUCUACACCAUUUUAGUGCAUGUAUUAAUUUUAAUAAUGAUUUUUGGUGCAUGCCUUUGGGCUUAUUCAAAAGUGUACAAUAGGAAAGUAUAUUUCCUUUCUUUGAAAGGAGAUGUUUUUCUACUUUGCAACAUGUGAUUACAAAAAUCUUCCUCUGUGGGAAGAUUAACCAUGUACUGAACUACUGAAAAGUAUAUAUUUUUAGAUAUACAGAAGGAAUCUACAUGGAGCAGCAUUCAGACCUAUAUAGAAGUCAUAGCAUUCUGUAUAGGACCAAAAAUGAAAUAACAUGAAACACUUAAACAGACUUUGUUGGGUAGAAAUACCUUUAGAUCUUGCAUUGACUUCCAAAAAUAAAAUGCCACAGAAGUUUGCUGAAAACUUUUGUUGUUUGAAUUUUCUCUGUCAGUGUAUUUAGCCCAAAUAAAACAUUUUUGGGUUUACACAUUAAGAAUCAAAAAAACAAAACUAACUAAAUAGAUCAGUCUGGUUUGCCAAUCCAGCUUGACUAAAAUAAGUAAACUAAUCACUUGCAAUAUGAAAAACUGUCCAACUCCUCUAAGGUUUUGACAAAAUAAUCUUGGCUGAUGUGGGAAGACUCCCACUUUGAUUUUUGAUCUGACAGUGAAGAUUCAUACUUCACCUGAUUUCAGACCUGACAGUGUCUGUUUAAGGAGCUAUGGUACAGUUUGCUAAUUCAAUCUCAGAUACCUGUUGAUUACCUGUGAGAUCUAGAGUCCAAAGUAGCCAGCAGCUGUAUCCCUGAGUGCUCUGUGCCCAUCAGAUCUCUUAAAGUAGGCAGGGUUGGGACCAGUCACAGUUCAGAUGAGUGCCUUCAGGUGCUGUGGACAGCCCCAGCUUCAAGAAUUGUAUCUGCUUUCUUGGGAGUCAUCACUGAACUAAUGUCCCACAUGGUGUUACUUACUGUAGUUGCUCUCUCUUGGAGGAGGCCCAGAGCACACAUCCUGAUUGCUUGUGGUACUCAGAGAGGGGGUGCUAACUCUGAUGCCCUGGCAAAAUUCCAGUUUAGGGAUGUGGGUCUUCUUGCCAUUCUAAUUGGAAAUGUACAUUGCUUCCCAUUUUCCCUGUUUAUCUCAAUACAAACCAAGCUAGUCUGUUGUUGUUUUUUUUGCCCCAGUCCCAAGUCUCUUGGUGUGUAUUAUAUAGGUCAAGUUCAUGUCUUACCGUAAUUGCAUAAAAAUUAAGGAAUGAGUGAGUUUGGUGUCAAAGUACCCUGUAGUUGGAGGGUAAACUCUUGUAAUGCUUUGGGGAUGAAAUUGGCCCUCUUUUAGCAUAAGUUGGGGAAUGUGCUAGCCAUGAGGUGUGAGCUGAAACCUAUUGUCCCUCUUUUCUUACAGCAUUUUGAGAAAAUCUGUUGGGUUUUCAGUAGUCAGGGAAGGCCGGAGUUCUGCAGCUUUAAAUCUGGGUAACUGAGGCUGGUUUGAAUAAGACUUUGGUUAAUUAAUUGGGUUCUCAGAUGCCACAGACUCCGUGAAAAGUCACCAUUAUUUUCAAUGGUUGUGAUAGAAUUUCCCCCAGUAGCCAUUAUUUUAAGAUUAUAUUGCAGAGUUGCUUUAUUUGAGCUUUUUGUGUAUACACAAUCCCAAACUGGAAGAAAUUAAAAAAAAAAAAAAAAAAGGAAUCCUGCUGUGAAAGGUAUAUAUUACUCUAGAUUUUUCUUACUGUAAAUAUUGUAAGAUUGUAAUACUGUCGAUAUUUUAUUAACCAACAAAUGUUAAUCUAUGUGAAUUUAGACUUAUUUUAAAUGUGCUUCUUAUUUACUGUGUGUGGUUCCUGUUGCUGACAGUAUUAAGUUAUAUUCUGAUGUAAGAUUAACUUUAUUAAAGAAUGUAAACAUUAAUGUUUCCUUAUGGGAAAACAAAUAAAGUAUAAAGAAGACAAUUCUUUUCAUCAAAAUAUACUGUGUAUUUACACUUGCUAGACCCAGCACCACUUACAAAUUUAGUACAUUGUUCAGAAUUUUAGUUAACACAGCUGACAUGGUUGUGCUCUGUUUGAAAGUCUAAAAGUAGGUAUUGUUGGAAUAUAAACAGUUUGUAUUUGUCUGCUGUGAAUCAUCUUGAAAUUUCUAAUCAAGUUUGUAAAAUUUUUAUAGUAAAAUAUUUUAAUGACAAUUUAAAAAUUUAUCUUCAAAGAAUGGUUGAAACAAUAUCCUUUCAGAAAUAUAAUUAUUCUUUAAUAUCUUUCCAAAAUGACUUUGGUUAAAUGGACCAGAUGUAUAUUAGUUAAAGUUUAGGACAAAGUUGUGAUAUUCUUUGAGUUUACAAGUUAAUCCUUAUUGGAGAUGUGCCAAUUAUACAGUAGAAUAUCAUUAAUUUGCACUGUUUGGGGACCCCAUUAAGAAUGCUUAAUUUUGCCAACUAAGAAGUAAGCAAAUGCAAUUUAAAAAGUAAAUUUGAGCAUUCUGUAUUAAAUAUGUGCAGUUAUUAUCACAUGAAGAAGCGCAGUGUGUCAGGCUGUAAUAUAACCAUACUUGCUGUCAUGUUCUCCCAUCUCAGUGCUGGGAACUCACCAUGUGGAAACCAAGCAAAUGUGUUGUGCAUCAGCUGGCUUGAGUUUGUUCAAUAUCAAAGCUGAAACUAGCAAGGUCUGCUGUACUGCUUAUUGAAGUAUUGUGAUUCUUUUAGGCAUUGAUUCUUAUAAAAUAUAUACUGUAACAGUAUACUUUGUACAGAUUUAAAUUUUAUUUGAAAAAAUGAAAUAAAG